GAGGAGCGCCCAAUAGAAAUAUUCCACUGUGCUGUUGCUAGGUGGAUUUUGCACCUUGUGGACCAAUCAGAACAGUGCUGGUGAAGGGAGGGCGCGGGGAGCUGGCGGUAACAGAGUGCGCGAGAGCCCGAGUGCAAGGGAAGCCCUAUCAUUGAGGCACGGCUAAAGACAGCAUUUGCAAAAUGCCGAAUAAAACUAAAAAAGAAAAGGAACCCAGCAAAUCUGCAAAAAGCAGCACGAAAAACAGUAAUGCCGGUGGUGGAAAGGAUGCUGGAACUGAAAAUUCGGAUGAGGCCCAGCAGACUGCCAGCAAGCGUCCGAGCAACAGCACUCCACCUCCUACUCAGCUUAACAAAAUUAAGUACUCUGGUGGACCACAGAUUGUAAAGAAGGAGCGUCGACAGAGCUCAUCACGAUUCAACCUUAGCAAGAACCGGGAACUGCAGAAACUCCCCGCCCUCAAAGAUGCCCCACCCAUUGACCGGGAAGAGUUGUUUGUGCAGAAGCUGCGGCAGUGCUGCGUGCUGUUCGACUUUGUGACUGAUCCCCUAAGUGAUCUCAAAUACAAAGAGGUGAAGCGAGCUGGUCUUAACGAAAUGGUGGAGUACAUCACACACAACCGCGACGUGGUCAUGGAGUCCAUCUACCCUGAAGCUGUCAUCAUGUUUUCUAUAAAUCUAUUCAGGACUCUGCCCCCCUCCUCCAACCCUACAGGAGCUGAAUUUGACCCUGAGGAGGAUGAGCCCACUCUGGAGGCAGCUUGGCCGCAUCUGCAGCUUGUAUACGAGUUCUUUUUAAGAUUCCUGGAGUCACCUGACUUCCAGCCCAACGUUGCCAAAAAAUAUAUUGACCAAAAGUUUGUAUUGUCGCUUCUGGAGCUGUUUGACAGUGAAGACCCCAGAGAGAGGGACUUCCUAAAGACCAUCCUGCACAGGAUCUAUGGAAAGUUCCUGGGGCUGAGAGCCUACAUCCGUCGGCAGAUUAACAACAUAUUUUACAGGUUUAUAUACGAGACAGAGCAUCACAAUGGGAUCGCAGAGCUUUUAGAAAUCUUAGGAAGUAUAAUUAAUGGCUUUGCCUUGCCACUGAAAGAGGAGCACAAGAUGUUCCUCAUCAGAGUCCUGCUGCCUUUACACAAAGUCAAGUCUCUCAGCGUCUAUCACCCACAGCUGGCCUACUGUGUGGUACAGUUUUUGGAAAAGGACAGCAGCCUCACUGAACCUGUGAUAAUGGGUCUGCUUAAGUUCUGGCCUAAGACUCACAGUCCUAAAGAGGUGAUGUUUCUGAAUGAGUUGGAGGAAAUCCUGGAUGUCAUCGAGCCCUCAGAGUUUGUUAAAGUCAUGGAGCCCCUGUUUAGACAACUGGCCAAGUGUGUAUCAAGUCCACACUUCCAGGUUGCUGAAAGAGCAUUGUAUUAUUGGAACAAUGAGUACAUCAUGAGCCUGAUCAGCGACAACGCUGCCAAGAUUCUCCCCAUAAUGUUCCCUGCACUCUACAAGAACUCCAAGAGCCACUGGAACAAGACAAUCCAUGGGCUUAUCUACAAUGCUCUGAAGCUCUUCAUGGAGAUGAACCAGAAGCUGUUUGAUGACUGCACUCAGCAGUACAAGGCUGAGAAGCAGAAAGAGAAGUAUAAACUGAAGGAACGGGAAGAAAUGUGGCACAAAAUUGAGGAGUUGGCGAAUCAGAACCCUCAGAGUACAAAGAUCACGCUUCGACCUGGUCUAACUCAAGAGGAGUAUAUGAUGUAUAAUGAAAGCCCUGGAGGGAUCCCCCUGUACUCAAUGGAGACAGAGACCCCUACAGCCGAGGACAUCCAACUUCUGAAGAAGACUGUGGAGUCAGAAGCCUCACAGGGGAUGAAAGACAUUAAGAAAGACAAGGUUUUGAUGAGGCGAAAAUCCGAGCUACCGCAGGACGUGUAUACUAUAAAAGCCCUAGAAUCUCACAAGCGAGCGGAGGAGUACCUGACGGCCAACCAGGAAGCCCUCUGACCAGGGAGAACCGCCACCCUCAGCCAUGCCUAAACUGUCCCUCUUGUCUUGUUCCAAAUUUUUCGCCUGCUGAAACCCAACUCUCUAUUCCUCUUCCUCUAUCAAUCCUCACUUCCUCCCUCACUGUUGGAGAGCCCUGUCUGUGUUAUCCAGCUCACAGAGCAGUGGAGAGCUCCCACCCACAAACACUUUCCAAAGUGUACACAAAUCCAUAGUUACUGAUCCUCACAGAACUGAAGCAACAUUUGGGUUGGUAGAAAGCAGUGCCGUUUACAAAUAAUCAAAGUAUGCACUUUUUGUUUUUGUUGUUUCCAUACUCCGCUUUAAUCUGUCUUCAGGCAUUGGUUCGCAUGUUCCUUAUCCCAUGUUUCCUUCUGCUGCUUGAGAGCUUCUCCUGUAUUCCAUUCCCUGACUCUGUAAAUCCAAUCUCUCUGACACGUUUGGCACAAAGAGGCUGGACUUAACUAAAUGAAUCAUGUUACUCGAGAGAUAAAUGAAGACAGUCACGGUGACCCUUUAUUGUACUGGAUUUGUUGCAGUAGACAGCUGAUGUGUGUGCUGUUCUUUCACAAGUAAUCUGUCUUGCUCAGCUUAGGGAUGGAAGCCAAAUAAAUGUGAUCUGGAUAUUAUAUAUUGAAAACAAAUGAAAGAAACUGGUUUCUUAUAAAGAAGCCUAAUUUAUUAGACAGCAAUUUGAACUCUCAUGAGAUUGCACAUUUAUUUCAAGUGCUUCUCUAGACAGCUCUGCUUUUGCUCCUUAGAAAUAACUCAGGUUAUGUCUCCAUAGCCAUCUCAAAACUUAGAAAAGGACAGAAGUGACUCACAUUACUGUGCAAGUUAAUGUGACUAGCUAAGCUUCACAACACCAGUCAUCUUAAAGGGAUAGUUCACCCAAAAAUAAAAAUGAUCUUAUUUACUCACCCUCAUGCCAUCCCAGAUGUAUGUGACUUACUUUCUUCUGCAGAACACAAAUGAAGAUUUUUAAAAGAAUACGUCAGCACCGUAGGUCUCUACAAUACAAGCGAAUGGUGACCAGAACGUUUAAGCUCCAAUAAGCACAAAGGCAGCAUAAAAGUUAUCCAUACGACUCCAGUGGUUAAAUCCAUGUCUUCAGAAGCAAUUUGAUCAGUAUUUUUUACUAUAAACCUUUGACCAGCCCCAACCAGUUGGUGGCGAUGUGCACAAAGAAUGUGAAUCACCAAAAAACAAAGUGAACAUGGAGAUUUAUAGAUUUAUAUUUAAAAAAGGACUUAAAUAUU